AUGGGUAUGCCAUACUCGAAACAAGUCAGCGCGGCAUUCGACCAAGUCACUCCUCUUGUAGCCGCUGGAUUCGAAGUCCUCCAAACCACAAAAAACAUCGCAAUUCUCCUUGCCGUUGUUCAAGUUUUUGUCGCCAUUAUCCUGAGUUUGACUCUCUUAGCGAUACUGGCACUGAUAUACUCGGUCAAUCCGGAUUUGGAAGUGGAAAGACAAGCACUGGUCACACCAUGUAUGAAAUGGCUGGCGAGCUGGAUAUUUGAAUAUGGCACUUUGGUUGGCUGGGUAUUGAAGGUUUAUGUUGUUCUCUGCACUGGUGGCUUGGGUCUUUUUGUCUGGUACAAUUCGAGUCCUACAUUUCCUGUUGCAGCCUCACCUGUGGCUGAAGAUGGUGAAGAAGAUGAAGAUUUUGAUCACAGUGGAUAA